GUGAGGGUAAUAAUUUGCUCCGUAUUCGACUACUGUACUAGUAUACUGUGCAUGCGAAUUCGAGCCCCACCCGAUCGCGAUAUGUGCACCGUACCGGUUGUGUUCUCUAGCGUUGGCAUUCGCUUUGGAAUUACUCUGCCUGGUUAGAUGUGGUGUUUAUUUCUAUAACGUCACUGGAAACAAUUUUCAAGGAAACGAAGGAGAUUCUUAAAGGCACUAUGGAGCAGGAACACAAAAUGAUGUGCAAUUUACUCCUAACACAAAAUGGAAGAACUUCUAGCAGACUUUAUGCACUUGUGAGCAUAUUUCUAUGUUUCGUCAUCUUUUUACAUCACCCAAACAGUGUGGAUGGGACAUUAGAGACAUAUGCACCUGUCGAGUUCAUUAGCAAAGCAGAAGAUCCAAAAUUUGCCAAUUUAGCUGUGGAUGAAAGAACUGGUGAUAUGUACAUUGGAGCAGAAAACUCCUUAUUUCACCUCCAUUCAGACUUCAGUUUACAGGAAGAAGUAAAUACUGCGCCUGAUCCUGCAGAAUGCCAGGAUCCACAAACCCCCUGCAAGAACUACAACAGGAUUCUUGCUGUUGUACCAUCUCCCAUAGAAAAGCUUAUCACCUGUGGAAGCUUUUCACGCAGGUGUCAGUAUCGUGAGCUCGUGAACAUAUCAGAUUCUGUUGAGUAUGACAGAAUAGUGAUCAAUGCAAAAACCCCGGCAGUGGCAGUUCUCCAUGAUGAUUACAUGUAUGUUGGAGUUAGUCCUGAGUUCCCUGCUCCUGCUAAUCAUCCUACCUACGUCACCCAAUUGCAUCUGGAUUCGCUAUCUUUGCGGGAAAGGCUCAAUAGUCAGCACGUUCGUGCAAGUCAGGCGGGGUUUUCAUUAAACUUCGUCAAUGGAUUUGAAUUUGAAGGGUUCACAUAUUUUGUCACCAAUCAGCAGCAAUUAAUUGAUGAGGAUCCACCUGCAGAUCACGAUUACAUAUCAAAGAUUAACAGAGUUUGCCAAGACGGCGACAGCUUUGAUUCAUUUACAGAAGUUCAGCUAACAUGUUCUUUAGCCAAUGGCAGAACCUACAACCUCAUUCAGGCCAUUGAAGUUUCUAUCCCUGGGAAUGAUCUUGGUGAAUCUUUCAAUAGCAGUGAUCCUCUUCUCUAUGCUGUUUUUGCUGAGUCUUCUGAGUUCACAGAUGAAGCUGCUGAUCCUGCUCACUCUGCGCUAUGUAUCUACAAGAUGUCUGAGUUACUUGCAAAGUUUAAAACUGCAGUGGAAGAUUGUACAAGUAAAGGAGAGGUUGAGGUCCAUGGAAUACGCCAUUUACAAUCCAGAUGCAACAAUAUUGCUCCACUGGACAUUGACCUGUGUAACGUGGUAUGGGCCAAGUAUGCCAGGGGAACCGAGCCACUUCAAGCUGAAGCUCUUAUCCCAUUUGAUGAGGUACUUGCCACUUCGAUCAGAACAGUGACUGUAGAAAACGAGACAGUGGCCCUCAUAGGUACAAGCACUGGAAAUCUUCUUAAGGUUCACAUCAGUGAUGCAACCCAUGCUAGGAUGUAUGAAGACGUGAAAGUAGGAGAUACCAGAGUACAGCAGGAUACCUACUUUAAUGCCACUGAUGAUCAUCUUUAUCUCCUCACAGAACAAAAGCUUGUACGUUUGUCUGUGGUAAACUGCAGUCAGUACACAACCUGUGAGGAGUGCAUUGGAGAUAAUGGAGGGCAAGAUGGGGACCCAUACUGUGGAUGGUGUACAUUGGAAGCAAGGUGUACACGUUACCAGGAAUGUGAGAAAAAGGAGGUGCCCACCCGAUGGCUACCCUUUGAUUCAGAGCAGUGUAUCGACAUCUCAGACACAUCUUUGGGCUUUAGUGUCCCUAAGUCCACCCCGUCAAAACAGAUUGUCAUCUCUGUUAGUCAGCUACCACCCCUCUCCCAGGGCAGUGGUUAUGAAUGUCGCUUUAAUGAGUACACAUCCAGAGUUACAGACAUAGAUGGUAAUCAGAUCACAUGCCAAACCCCUCCUCAAGAUAUUAUCCCUGAGAUUGAAUCUGGACAAUCUGCUGUAACAGUUGCCUUGAGCAUCUACUCCAAUGAGACCAGAGUAGCCUUUGUCAAGACGGACUUUGAUUUCUACGAUUGCUCUCUCAUUUCAAGCUGUUCUACAUGCAUGAACAGCUCCUGGGCCUGUGAUUGGUGUAUCUAUGACAACAAGUGUACUCAUGACCAAGGGACAUGCCAGCAAGACGACGACGACACCAUCAUAUCUUCAAAUGAUGCCAAUGCAAUUGAGCAAUGUCCUGCCAUCAUCGCUCCUGAGCCAAGUCUACUCCUUUCAGUAGGAAUAGAGAAGAGCUUUCAAUUUGCCGCCAGGAAUCUUCCCUUUGAUGCUACCAAGGUUAUGGGAUACGAGUGUGUGUUGGAGUACGAGGGGAGACAGCAUCCUACCAUAGCCACUGUUACUUCACACACACUAGUCACAUGUCAGAGUAAUAUGUAUACGUAUACCACCAACUCACCAAAUAUCAAGGCGAGCGUAUCUGUUCGGUGGAAUGGAUCAAAUGUUAUAGACGACGAUAACAUCACAGUGACGUUGUACAACUGUUCAGUGGACCGGGACAGCUGCAGUCGUUGUCUGUCUCCCGACUUCACUGACUCCGACCUGUCAUGUCAGUGGUGUGGAAGCACCUGCGCUGUGAUGAACAGCACCUUGUGCACUGCCCCAGGUGUUACGCCUGUCUUGCAGGGUACAGGAGUAUGCGCUAAUCCAAGAAUCACCGAUAUUUCUCCAACAAGUGGACCAAUAGAAGGCAAGACGAUUGUGACAAUUUCCGGAACAGACAUUGGCCAGUCGGUUGAAGACCUGGUUAGUGUGACACUUGGUGAAUCCAAUUGCAAUUUUACAGACUUGAAGGAGUCAUACGACCCAGGAAGGAGUGUGAGUUGUAGAACAUCUGCAGGUCCUGUUGGACCGGCCAGUGCUGUAAUUGUCCUAUUGGUGAAUGGCGUAAGAGUGAAUGGAACAGGUGGGCUGAAAUUCAACUAUGAGGACCCCUCAAUCACCAGCAUCUUCCCGACAGAGGGCCUUGAGGCGGGUGGUACCCAAGUGACAGUGACUGGCCAGUUUCUCAAUACCGGUAGUUCUAUCUCUGCCAUGUUCGGGGAUUCCCCAUGCAUCUUCAAGAGUCCUCCCACAAGUAUGCAGGGAGUGUGUACCACCACUAGUGCAUCUCGACCUGACAUGGUCAAUCUUACCAUGGUCUUUGAUGGGGCAACCAGAUAUUCCCAACAGCUUUUCCACUUCUUGCCGAACCCUGAGAUCACCACACUCUCCACACUGAAGACCAUCAAGGCUGGAGGUUCGCGUAUUGAAGUUAGAGGAUCAGGUUUUGAUGUUAUUCAGUCCCCUGUCAUGAAAGCAACCUUCACUGGAGGGGAAUCUUCCCAAGAGUCUUGCAUGAAGAGGGAUGAUACCACCAUCAGCUGCACGUCUCCCACCCUCCCAGCGGGUGUCCUCCCCUACGUCCCAGUGAAUAGCAGGAAGAGAAGAGCCUCCAGUACCGAUCCACUGGCUUCUGCUACGCUCUCGUUCAUCCUGGAUGGAUACAACUUCACCUAUGGAGAGGACCUGGUCUACUACCCCAAUCCUGUGUACGAACGCUUCAGUGAUGAGGGUAACGUGCGCAAGUAUGAAGAGGACAUUAUCAUCGCGGGUAUGAAUCUGGAUUUGGCCAGCACCAAGGCUGACGUUGAGGUGAUGGUAGGAGACCAGAAUGGAACAGUCAGAUCUUUGGCUCAAGAAUUGCUCAUCUUCAGCCCGCCCAAGGUUAAACCAGGCUUAGGAACCAUGGAUAACAGCAGCAAAGGCAUGCCUCUUGUAGUGGUCAAGCAUGGCCACCUCGUCACCAGGAUCGGCUGGAUAGAUUACUCCGCUGUGACAAGCGGUAAUAUGAUGUUGAUCGUCAUCUUGAGUGGUGUGGGAUGUCUGAUCGUCAUCGUCGUGUUCAUCCUGGUGAUGUGCUAUGCGUCCUCUCGCAAGCGCUACAAGAACCAGCUUGAGCAGGUCAAGCUGGAGAUGACAGAGCUGGAGGAUGCUGUCAAGAAUGAGGCUACUAAAGCGUUCUUUGACAUCCAGCAAGACAUGUCUGGCAUCAAGGACCAGCUGCAAGACCUUGGUGGUAUGCCAUUCGUCACGGGUCAAGAUUACAUCAGGAACAUGCUCUUUGUAGGACUGGAUGUUCAGCCCAUGAUUAUAGACCCACAGCGCCCCGAAGAAAACUUGACCAGAGCCAUGACGGACUUCUCCAAACUUCUCAUGAACAAGGACUUCCUUCUUGUCUUCAUUCGCUCUCUAGAUGAGGAUAAGAAGCUCGCCAUGAGAGACAGGAAUAACAUCGCUUCCCUUUUGACGGUCUGUAUGGUUCUUGAAGGCAAGCUGUCUUAUCUGUCCGAUGUGAUGCUAACCAUGAUGUCAGAGCAGAUCACUAAUGCUGCUGAUGUGGACAGAUACAGACAGCUCUUCAGAAAUGUUGAAAGCAUUGUUGAGAAGAUUCUGGCCAACUGGAUGGCUCUCUGUAUGUACAAAUAUAUACAGAAACAUGUUGCCUAUCCUCUGUACAUGCUGUAUCAAGCCAUCAAGUUCCAAGUGGAGAAGGGACCCAUUGAUAUCAUCACGGGCCACGCCCACUUCUCACUCAACUACGAGUACCUCUUGGAUGAGGAUGUAACCUUUGCUGAAGUGGGUCUUGAGGUUGAGAAUCAAGUACAGAAGGGAGAGACCAGCACGGUGAAGGUCCUGGACGUAGAUACUAUCACACAGGUUAAGGAGAAAGUCCUGGAUGCUGUGUUCCUUAACAAGCCUCAGUCAGAGAGGAAAAUUGCAGCCGAAGUGGAUCUAGUGUUGAGGAGUGGCAAACUUGGCCAGCUAGUAUUAAGAGAUACCGACAACACAACAGAGAAGCCAGAUGUCCCUAGAUGGGCUAAAGUCAAUACGAUUCAACAUUACAGGAUAACUGAUGGUGCUGUAGUAGGUCUAGUUUACAAGCAGGACAAUCCUAAUGCAAGUCUUGCUACUCCCCUGGAUGAGGAAACAGAAUUACUGGCUCCGAGUCCUGCAGCCAGUCCAAAGCGGUUCCCUGUAGCUCUGCAGAGGUUCAACACCAAUGUAGAGAGUGAUCUAGAAGAAGGGUUUCAAUUCUAUCAUAUAUCCAACCUGUACGAAGACGAUGCAACGAAAAAGACGAUUGGUCGCAGAGGCAGAUCAUCUAGCAGCACAAGAAUCAAACAUAGGAAGAUUAGAGAGAUCUAUCUUAGGAGAUUAGUCUCCACAAAGAAAUCCAUCCAAACGUUUGUAGACGAGGCCUUGCAGGUGAUGUUAUCAGUUUCUGAUGAGAGACCCCUCCCCAAGUCCCUCAAGUACCUGUUUGACUUCCUAGAUCGACAGGCAAGCAGACAUAACCUGAAAUCAGACACUGCUGAGCUCUGGAAGACUAGCUGUCUUCCGUUGAGAUUCUGGGUGACAGUCCUGAACCAUCCAUCGUACGUGUUUGACAUGAGCCAAACCAGGACUGUCGAUGCCUGUCUCAAUGUACUCACCCAGAUGCUGGACAAUGCCUGCAAGGGAAUCGUACCCAAGUACAACUUUGAGACAUCCCCUAGCCGUGUGCUGUAUGCCAGUGAACUGCCAGGCUACAUCGACAUGAUUCCAGAGUUCUACAAGGAGAUCAAAGAACAACCCAGAGUCAGGCAAGAGGAGGUGGAUGAGGAGUUUGCAGAUGUUUGUGAGACAUUCCAAGGAACAUUUAGUAAAAUUGGCACCCUACACCAACUCUAUGAGUAUGCUAGCAGAAGGAAUGACACGCUGAUAGAUGCUUUGGAAGAGGAUGAGCAAUGCCAGAGAGCCAACAUGGGAUACAAGCUGGAGCAGAUUGGACAGAUGUUAGCCCAGGGUCAAGACUAGAUGAACAGAGCUUACCCCCAGGGCCACCCCAGGGCCACCCCUAGAAGGGUCAAGAGCAGAUCAUCCAGAGAGAGCAAUACAACUGCCACAUUGAGGAUUGAUUGUGUAAUGCUAUAUGCUGAAUUCCAGCACACUGAUGGCGAGUGAAGCUGGAGCAAAAAGUAAGAUAAUGAUGUGGUUCCAGGUGAAUCGAUGUUGCUAUCAUCACGGAGAUGCGUGUCAAUACGUGAAUCACCAGGAUACAACGGAUCAGUGUACUACUGCCUUGUGAAUUGAAAUUGAGAAAACCUUGUUCUUCUGUAAAACCGUUGAUAAAAAACAAAAUGACUUGCCAAUCUUGUUCUUGUGACCAAAAAAUGUGUGCAGCAUUGUUGUCUUUGAUCAUCCCAGAAGUUGUGUCAUUGUCACCAGGUACCAAACUGUGUCCAUGCUUGGUGAUAACCCAGAGUGUUUGUAGUAAAAUGAUGUUGAAUUUGUAAGAUAUUGAUGGAUGCAGAAAUGAGUGGGGCCAGUGUAUUGCCACAGUCACAGGCUCUAGACGCUUAGUUAAGUAUUUUCUCUGUCGCAAAGAGAAUCUAGCUACCCACCUGUAUAUUGUCUCUAUGAUUCAGAUUCCAAGUACGCAUGUAUGUCUGGUUACAGUGGCUGAAUGUGUAUAUUGAUAAACAUGGGCAUGUCAUGUGACCAGCUGAUGAUCAUGUUGCAGUCACCUGACAAAACAGGCAUGUCAUGUGACUAGCUGUCUCUCAAAUGAACUCAAAUAUACAGCACAGCUAAAAUGGUCAUUGUAUUAUAUGUAUACUUCUCUGUGGAGAAUUCAAUUAUCGUUACAAGAAUGAGUUUUUGUAAAAUAAUGUGUUUUGUGUAAAUGAUCCACCGUGAAAGUUUUAAUAUAGUUAGUGUCAGCGUUUUUUUGUGCCUAAGAUUUCAGAGUUGGGUAUGGUGAAAGAGAAUUUCAAAGUGUGGAAGAAUUGUGAUUUUGACUAAUACGAAUGAACCAUAAAUUAUGAAUAUUCAAUGAGCUAGCCAUGUGAUAUGUAUAUUUAGCAGGUAGUUAUCUUAUUCUAUACAGUAGUAUACAUUCGCAGGAUAUAAAUGUCUCCUAAAGUACAUCUUGUAGUUUUAAGGUGUCAUGAUGGCCUUUGCUCUGUAGACAUUCAGAUUUCUUUCUUCUUUCUGCCAGGUCUUAUUUACUUUCAAAAACUUUUCAUCACUUUCAAAGCAAAAUCAUAUGUACUUUUAUGCAUCGGCGAUAUCGGAUAUGUAACAUGUUUUUCAGUUCCAUUGUCUUUUUACAAUAUAAUUUUUCAGAAAUAUAUAAUUUCUUUGACAUUUUUUAAAUUUCAUCAAGUGACAUGAACUGAAUGGAACGUACUGAGAUAAUUCAUUUUUUUCCUCAAGUGCUUGAAGGUAGUAUUUACAAAUUGCAGACACUCUGUAUGGUUCAGACCUGUCAUUUAGAAUCUUUAAAAAAAAUUAUGCUUUUACAGUAACCAUGACAGCAAUGUUUUAACAUCAUAAACUUGCUUUCACCAACUAGUUUCUGGUUAUUAUUGUGCCCCAUAAUUGCUAUCUGAAUUGUGUUGGAUAAGAAGUUUACUGUAAUUUGUUGAUACUACCUGUUAUAUUGACGCACCUAUGAUAUACACAUGUACAUUUAACCAAGAGAUUUCUUUUCGUCCUUUGCUUCUGUGGGGGAUAUUUUGAUUACUUUAAGAAUUCUCAAGUACUUUUAGUCGCGAUCAUGUUUUUUAUUAUUUGGUAAUAGAUUAAAGUAAAUUCUGAAUGAUGUAUGCUUUCUAUUUAUUCUUAUUCUUUCAUACUUUGCACAUUGUAAGUUUCUUUGUAGGGCUAGAAUAUAAAUGAAAGGAUAUGAAUUGUGGAUUUCAUUUAGUUAGUAAUACAUAAUGUGUUCUGUAUUCAUCAUUGCCAAGGCAUGAAACAGAAAUCACAUUACUUUUUCUGUUGACUUUGUGGAAGUUGAGUGAAAUGCACCUUGUAUGAAAAAAAAUGUGUAUAAAAAGGCUAUGUACCAAAUUUCUUUCAACUCAGUUCUGUGUGUUUAUCUUAAUCAACUUACUUAACCGUUUAAUCCAGUGUUAUUAGUUACGCAAGGCAUGAUUUAGAGAACCAGCCAUUGCAAUUUGUACUUCAGUACUUAAAAUCUUUCACUCAUGCACAAUUGUAUCUUGAUAUUUUUGCUAUGACACUGAAUUCGGAUAUAGUAUGCAUGUGCAUGAAAUGAAGAUGAACUGCAAAGUGAUUAUAUUUUAUCAUGUUUGAAUUGUUGCUGUCUUGUGUGUUUAUUAUGUUUUGUGUGUUACAAUGCUUUACUCACAUUUGAUAAAUAACUUGCUAGUACUAUAUCUCUUGCUAUUACAAUCAGUUGUGUUAUGUAUGUACAAAAUCAUUAUGUUCCACUGCAAUAUUUAAUUUUGCAUGUUUAGUCUAUGAAUGUAAAUGUACAUGUAGCUCACGUUUUCUUUACUUCUAUUACUAUUACUAUUUUCUGUUUGUUUUUAUCAAAGAAAGUCAAACUAUCUCUUUUGAAAUAGGAUAGUGUUAAAAAGAAAUGAAAGAAGUAAGUCUGUUAAUAUUCUAAAAUAUCUUUAUGAUGUAGCUAAAUGACCAAUGAUAUGAUAGUGUCAUUUGUAGUCCAGUUCUUAAUCUGUUUUUUGUCGUUAAUUGCUAUAUCUAUUUUAAUUUUAACCCAUUUUUAAUGAAAGUCAUAAUUAAGAGUGGCAUUGAAAUUAAGUCAAUGUAAUGUAAGCUUACUUCAAGAAACAUGGUCACUGUGGAAGAGAGUUUAUAUGCUUUAAUUACAAUGUCAAAAAUUGAUUUACACAACUACAAAGUUAGACUGUACACCCACCACUGAUCACAAAAUUAUGUUUAUCAUACAAAAUGAAAAUGGUUUUAUUCAAUGAAACUACGGUUAUGAAGAUUCAAACAAUACUCAGUAGAUAGGUGUUGAUCUGCCACAUUAUAGCAUAGUAUUCCCUUCUCUUUUUAUGAUCUCAAGUUUUAAUCUGUUUCAUAGGUUGAGGUGUAGUAGUAUAGAACUGCCUAUAGUGAUGGACACUGCACAUGUAAGGUUCAAGUGUAUUUCACAUUCUGACUCGAAAACACUACUUUUAUCUUCAUGUAUGUUUAAAAAACAGUAGACUGUGCUGCCAUGUGCAUGUAUUAUGCCAAACAGUGAUUGUGGCAUUGCUCAGUAUUGGAUUAAAAUAUGUGUAUUUUCACUUUUCCGUAAUUUUGUCUCACAAAUCUGCAGGCUCAGUAUGUAAUUAAAUAGAUAUGCAAUGAUUGUAUCAGCGUCCUACUGUCUCUGAACUGACACACUUGAUCGUUCAGUUAACGUCCUACUGUCUCUGAACAGAUGAUAAAACCAGACAUGCUAACAACUAUUUCCAACCCUGAUGUGCAAAACAGACUGCAUCCAUGCACCACCAAAUCCAGCUUUAGAUUAUAAGAAAUUAGUGAAUUUAUUUUUAUUUUUUGAUAUGAAGAGUGUUUUUGACGACGGUGUGGCAUGGCAUAGUAUGAAUGCAGUCUUCUGCUCAAGCUGGUUCUGAAAUGCUUAUAAUUAUGUGGGAUAAGGGUUCACUGCAAGUAAACAAGAUUGAAGUUUUAUUGUCCUGAUAUUAUGAUACAGUAAUAACAACAAGACAAAACAAAAUUAAUAAUAAUAAUUGGAUUUAUAUAGCGCCUUUCCAGAAGAUACAAGGCGCUGAGUGAGAGGAAAGUAUAUUACUCCAGAAAUGUCAAAAAGACAGGAUUUUAGUAUCUGUACAUUACAAGCCCCCCCCCCCCCCCCAUAGCCUUCAGAAUAUGAUGUUCAUGACAGAUGCUCCUUCCAGCUGUCAAAUGGUAAUCAAGGAAAGGCCAUUGAAGUGGCUAUUUUUAGCAUAAACAUUAUGCCCAAACAGUGCACUUCAGUUAUGUAAAACUAUUUGGAGAAAGGAUUCAAUUCAAAACAAUAAUAUUCAAUCUUGUUUGCAUAGAUUCAUGAAUGUAAUGUUCAUACAUUUUGGUAGGAAGAUGUAUUGUAUUUGAUGCUAUGGUGGGUGACAUUGGAUUCAGAACUUUCUCUGUGUGUAGUUCAGCAAACCAUAAAGCAGUCUUCAUUAAAAAAUGCUUCAAUAAUGCUUUAUUUUAUAAAGAUAAUUCUCAUUACUCAUGAACCUUUGAAACAGAAGAAAUCUUUCUUUAUUCUUUUCAUUUUAUUUUCUAGUGCUUUUACUGUGCCAUGAAUUCUUAUCAUUUUGAAAUAUGAUCAUUACAUGUUCAAUCCAUUGUUAUUGUGAUUGACUUUCAUGAGUUCUUGAGUUUAUGAUGAACAGGAGUGUCCAUCAGGCUUUCAUAUUUCGCUGAGUGGUAAAAACAAGAGCUUCUGAUACUUUCACCGUCUUGGUAGUUCAUGACAACAUGCAAAAAAGUAAUGUUUUCCAUUAAUGUAAGUAAUAUGCUAAUUUAUGAUAAGAAUGUUAAUUUCUUUUAAUGGUUCCAAGGUGCAAAGAUAAGAUAUGCAGACUACUUGUCAUUUUAAUUUAAGUGCUAUUCUAUCUAUGGUAGGAAUAUAUAUAAUCUCUAUGCUUUUCCUGGUUAGUACGCCAUUGUUGUACUAGAAUUAUUCUCAAAAAGUACUAAUGUUUUCCUAUGCUGCCUCUCUAGAAUUUCCAUACUAUUGUUUGGGAGUAUACUGUUUGAUUUAUCUCUUUGUUUUAAAAGUAUAUUCAGCGUGAUCACAAAGACAUUCAAGAAAUCAGCCCAAGAAAAUUAAAACAACCUAGUGCAUCCUGUAUGUGCAAACAUUACAAUGACAUUAUUCAAUCAUAAUUUCUAUGGGCAGUACAUUAGGGUGCUGAAAUUGCCCCUGAAUUCAUUUCUUGAAAGUUUUUGCAACUAUUAGGCGGGAAUCAAAUGAUUUAUUGUGAUAUUUUGUAGAUAUAGAAUAAACUGAUGUGUAAUGUUCUCCUGCAACCAGAAGCAGUCCCACCGACCAGACCAAAACCAACAAAAUUACAUAACACCAAAUGGCCAAGAAAAGGCUGGUUGAGAGUCGGUUUGGCGGUAUGACUGAGGUGUUAUGGGACUUAUUUCAUAUUGUUGUUAAUGUAAGUGGGAAUUCAGAUGGUCCUCCCCCGUAUCCUUCUUUCCUCCUCCUUUACAAUGUUUUCCAUUGGUUCUAAAGAUACCUUGUAUAAAUAGAGAAAUUAUUUGAAUUUAAAAUGGCUGGACCAAUCAGCAGAAAGUGUAUGGUAAUUGAUUGCUUCCACAAGAUAAUGCAGAAUGGUGAAUGGUGAAAUGUUUUUCUUUUCUUUUUUUAAAGCAUCUAUUUCGUGCAAGCUUUUGCUGUUGUAUUGAAUGUCAUCACAAAUCAUGUUUUUGCUAUAUAAAACAAAAUUAAAUAAACCACAAAAGUGUUUGUUACAUA